UUUAGUACACCAUCAAACAAGAGGUCUCUUUUUAUCCUCUCAAUUUUUUUUAAAAAAAAUGAUAAAUUUUUCUUCAAGAAUUUUGUUGAUUUUGUUAUUAACAUGUACUAUAGCUAUAAUUAUAAUUCCAAAAUUGGCUUCUACACAAUAUUGUGGAUGUACAGAAGGAUUGUGUUGCAGUAGAUGGGGUUAUUGUGGCAGUGGAAAAGCUUAUUGUGGACAAGGUUGUCAAGGAGGGCCUUGUUAUAAUUCUUCAACCAAAAAUUACAAUCAUAAUAUUAAUAACAAUAAUAAUAAUAAUACCAAUAGAGUUUCUGAUAUUGUUAGUGAAUCAUUUUUCAAUGGAAUUGCAAAUCAAGCUGCUUCAAAUUGUGAAGGCAAAGGAUUUUACACGAGAUCUGUAUUUCUUGAAGCUUUAAAGUCUUAUCCUGAAUUCGCAACUAUCGGUUUUUCUGAUGAUGAUAAUAAGCGCGAAAUUGCUGCUUUCUUUGCUCAUGUCACACAUGAGACCGGACAAAUGUGUUACAUAAAUGAGAUAAAUGGUUCAUCUAGGGACUAUUGUGACAUGACAAACUCAGAGUACCCCUGUGUUUCUGGCCAAAAUUAUUAUGGUAGAGGACCAAUACAACUAUCAUGGAACUUCAACUAUGGUCCUGCUGGAAAAGACAUCGGAUUCGAUGGGCUUAACGACCCCGAUAUUGUGUCUAGAGACAGUUUAAUAUCAUUCAAAACUGCCCUGUGGUACUGGAUGAACACUUGCCAACCUCUCUUAAGUUCUGGGCAAGGUUUCGGGGCAACGAUUCGAGCUAUUAAUGGUCCUCUUGAGUGUGAUGGUGCCCUUCCUGAGCCUGUGUCUAGAAGGGUUCAACAUUAUGUUCAGUAUUGCAAACAACUUGGUGUAGAUACUGGGGAUAAUCUCACUUGUUAGAACAAGUGUUAUUUCAUUUAUCAUAUAGUAUAUGAAUGAAAAAAAAACUAUAUGUAUACUAAAUUAUAAAUAGUGCUAUAUAUUGAAGUCUAGAUGUAUUACAUAAUUUGAUUUGUAAUACCUACAAAAAAAUACAUAUUAUUAGCCUAAUGGUGAAACAGGGGUUGAUUUUUUUAUA